GCCCAAUAAAUAAAGGCGGAGAGGCUUCCGUUCUCAAACAUCGAUUUUGUUAAGACUUAUCUUGCUGUGUUUGUAAGCAACGUGUACAAAAAGGGCGAUUGUGCCUAAAACGUGUGUAAGGUUGCCAAGAGGUGUGCGCAAGGAUGCAACGUUUUAGACGAGCGAUUAGCUUUCGUCGAUCACAAAGACAUGUCCCUGAAAGUUGUCGCCCUCAUCAAUGGGAGAGUGACAGUCACAAAGUUAAAUCAGGCGGUAUAAGUUUUCCGGUGAAGUAUCUCGGUGCGCAAGAGGUCGCUGAAUCGCGUGGAACCCAAAUAUGUAGCGAGGCAGCAAAAAUUCUCAAAAAGAAUAAGCGACGAAGAAGUCGUAAAAUGACACUACUAGUCACAGAGGAUUGUAUAAGAGUUGUCGACGACAAAACAAAGCAACUUGUCAUUGACCAAACCAUUGAAAAGGUGUCUUUCUGUACUCCUGAUCCAUAUAAUGAGAAACUGUUUAGUUACAUAAGUCGUGAUGGUACAUCUCGCAGAUGGAUGUGUCAAUGUUUUAGUGCAAGGCGCGAUACGGGUGAAAGGUUGAGUCAUGCUGUUGGUUGUGCGUUCACUGCCUGCUUACAAAGGAAACAAAAGCAGGUUGCUUUGAAAGAACAGCAUUUUGAGAGGCAAGCAAGUAUGAGGACAACAUCAAACAAGGAUAAAGCAACAUCUGACGGACAGCCACAAGCUCUGGAGGGCAAACCAAGUGCCAGCACGGAAGAUCCUCAACAAGCUCCGAAGACCUCAGUGUCCAGCACUCAAGGUAGCAGUCCUCAGCCAAGUGUCACUUCCAGUCCAACAUUAAGCAAUGCACCAGCUGCUUUGGAUCCCCCGCAAGUUGAACCAAUUCGAAAGAAAGAAAAGAAACUUAACCUACAAUCUCGUCCACGCCCGCAAGGUGCCGCUUCUAACCCAUUCACUCGUCACACAUCUUUACGAUAUCGCUCACAGCCUCUGUCACUGCAGCCACUUCGACCUGGCAAAUAUGAAGUCCUAGCAGAUGAAUCAGUUGUUCCGAGGCUUCCACCAGAGGAACCUCCUUCAAAUAAACCAACUGACAUUGAUGCUCUUUUAUCUUUAAGUGAUCCUCCUGCCCCUAACAAUCCACAGGGGAUAACUACAACUAAUAAUGGUGGAGUGCAAUGGUCCUCUGGUGGUAAAAAUGCUGCAGGUUUGCUCUUUACACCACAAAAUAACUUAAACCAACAGAAACAAUCAAAUCCAUUUCAAGUAAAUGGGGACGAUUUCAGCAAUCUGGCCAAUCGUCACCAAACUAGCGCAGGCGUUGGAACGAAUCCUUUUAAUGUUGAGGAACCAGUGCGUUGGUUAUAAUCGUGAAUGGGCGGGAGCAUGUUCCAGAACUUUGGUGAUAUCCCUUUGAUCUAUUCUAGCGCAUGCUCACUGAAGGACUGAUUUGGAGCCAGAGAAUGCACACAUGUUGAACAUUGGACUACCGUUUUUGUGUUUUAAAAACUGUUUUAAUGUCGAGUAUUGAAAACUUGAUAAAUGUAUUUUUAAACCCUUGUCUCUUUUAUUAAUACAAAUUUAUUCACUUUUUUUUUCAUCUUCAUCUCGUUCGAGUAUUGUCAUCAGAUUUUUUAUAAACUCGAACGACUUGUAGGGCUAGGAAAUUUGAUUUGGUUAUUAUAAGAACGUGGACACUGAUUUGAACCAAUAAAAUUUAGUGGAUUGUACUAUUAAAGUGCUACUUCUAUUGUAUGUAAAACAAGAGCAAUUUCGUUAAAGAACAAGAUAUCCAAUUAAAAGUA